CCCACUUCCCCCAACGCUCCCACGCUGCUCGCCGGCCGGCCGGCCAUGGCGGCGAUGCCGACGCCCCGAUCUUUCCUGCUGCUGCUCCUCCUCGCCACCCCCUUCCUCCUCCUCCCCCUCGCCGCCUCCGCCGCAGUCCCCACCUCCAACCCGGACAUCGACCUGGAGUACCUCAUCAAGAACGCCGGCCUCGACGACUCCACCCCGUCCACCCCCACCGACGACCCCGAGGACGGCGCUCCGGACUUCCCCGGCCUCGACGCCGACUACGACGAAGACGAGGACCUCUUCGGCGACGACGACGGGCCGGAGGAGGACUCCUCCCACCCCUCGGCGGCCGACGAGGCCCACGUGCUCCUCCUCACCGCCGCCAACUUCACCGCCGUCCUCGCGGCCCGCCGCCACGUGAUGGUCGAGUUCUACGCGCCCUGGUGCGGCCACUGCCGCGCGCUGGCCCCCCACUACGCCGCCGCCGCCUCCGCCCUCGCCGAGCAGGGGGUCGACGUGGCGCUGGCCAAGGUGGACGCCACCGAGGACCACGACCUGGCGCAGGCGCACGACGUGCAGGGCUACCCCACCCUCCUCUUCUUCAUCGACGGCGUGCCCAGGGACUACUCCGGCGAGAGGACCAAGGACGCCAUUGUCGCUUGGAUCAGCAAGAAGCUGGGCCCGGCGGUGCAGAACCUUAAUGUUGACCCCGCUGGCAUCGUCAUCAAUGUGGGCGACCGGCGCGCCUCCUCGUCGGCUCCUCCUCCGUGCUUCGUCAAGCCCAAGACGGAGCCGGGGCUCGCGCCGGUGAAGACGGAGCUGGGCCUCCUCCCCGCGGUGAAGACGGAGCACGGCGGCGACGUCGAGCUCGACGACGACGCGGCCCUGGAAUGGGCGCGCGCGGACUCCCUGAAGAUGGCGAGGGAGCGCCAGUGCGCCGCCCUGCAGCGAUUCGCGCAGCGCCGCCGGGGCCGCGACGAAGGAGGCAUCAUCGUCAUCAAGGACAGCGACGACAACGACGACGCGCCGCCGCCACCAGCCCGUGUUGGCGACGCUGGUCAGGGGUCCACCAGGGACGGCCGCGUCAAGGAGGAGAAGCCCGACGGCGGCGGCGACGACGGUGACUACUCGGCGUUCAGCCAGUUUCUUUUUUAA